AUGAUCAAAACGUGCUUGAUAUGGGAGAGAACCCGACGCAUCGGAGGUGUACAACGAUAUACCGGACAAACACAGAUGAAACUACUAAAAAUUGGGGAAGGUUUCCCUGCUGUAACCAAUAUUCCAAAAGGUGAUUUAUCCAACUUGUUUAUGAUUCCAAAAGCGAAGAAAGGAGCAAGGAGCAUGUUUUCAAAUCUGCAUCAAAAUCAGUUCGAUAGAGGACUUUAUCAAUUCCCGACGGGUGACGAAUCGGCAUGUAGUUCAGUGACCAUGGCGGCAGUCGGCUCAAUCCAAUUGAGUGUCAGUCAUGAUGUCAAUCUCAAUUUAUUAACAGUGACAAUUAUCAAAGCAGUGGAUCUUCCCACAAAAAGAGAGGAUGAUCUUCCGAACCCCUUUAUGAAAGUUUCUUUGGAGAUCCCGGACUCUAAGAAACCAGAAGACCAUCAAACAAAAGUUUAUAACGGAACCGCAUCCCCUCUUAUUAACGAGGAUUUCUACUUUUCGGUAACAGCACAACAAGUUAGUACAUGCCGUCUGGAAGUAAUGGUAUAUGAUUAUGACCAGUUUAGCGUUGAUGAAUGUGUUGGGUAUUGCUGGUUAACGCUAGGCAGAAUAAACGAGCACUUCGAGCACGACUGCCCUACAUUAUUCUGGGCGGAAGUUCUUCCGUAUGAAGAUGGAGACAAUAAAGGGUACGGCCAAGUUCUCUUUGCAUUGUCGUAUCUCUCUCACGCUCAGCGUCUCACAAUGAACAUUUUCAAAGUGAGAAAUGUGCGGUUUAGGAAUGGAGGAAAUGUCGCUCUUCGUGUUACACUUUUAGACGGGGAAGAAAAGCCGCUGAAAAAGAAAAAGACUAGUCAGAAAAAAGCGGCAAGAUCCGUGCAAUUCAAUGAAUGUCUUACAUUUUCGAUACCAAAACAUACACUCUGCGAGGUCUUUCUUACUGUAGAGCUCAUCACAGAAACUGGCACAUUCGGAAUCGCGUCACGCACUCUGUCCCGGAUGCAAUUGCCGUUGCACAAGUGUAAAGACUUGUGGAGAGCAAUUAUCCGUGAAGAGAAAUCGCAAGCGAGAUGGUAUCCGUUUGAACAGCCAUGA